UAGUUAUGGAAGAGUGCCAAUUCGAGACGAGCGAGUUACUAGCUUCGCUUAUGAUGUCGACUCCUUUAUGGUCCGACUCAUGGAGUUUAUGCAACCUCGCAGAUAGCUCAAAGAGUAUUCAGAUACAGCGUAUUGCCGGAACCAUGUACGUUGCUUUACCGGAGGUGGAGAUGAAUCAACCGGGGAACCUCGUGGACCUGAAAGUCGACGGAAAUGAGCUUUUCUCCGCCUUUUCAACAUCAUCAACAUCUGACGAGCCUCCGCCUAUGGUCAACGGUGCAAUACUUGACCUUUUUGUUUCCUCGGCUCUCUUUAUUGAGUCUCAGAUCACAAUAGGACUGGAAAAGGAAGACAGAGAACAGGUGGUAAUAACCGGAUAUUCAACCGGCGGCGCAGUUGCAGCACUCACCGCACUUUGGCUCCUUUCAGUACCUUUGUCGCCGUCAUACCCUCUACUCUGCAUCACCUUCGGCUCUCCUUUGCUCGGCAACCAAUCUCUCUCUUCCUCAAUCUCCCAAUCACAUGUAGCCCAAAAUUUCUGCCACGUGGUUUCCAUCCACGACCUCGUUCCCAGAAGAAACGAUGAACCACUCUGGCCCUUUGGAACAUAUCUCUUCUGUUCCGACAAUGGAGGUGUAUGCUUAGACAAUGCUGCUUCAGUUCGUAGGAUGUUUCAUAUACUCAACUCAACAGGAACUCCAAACAUUGAGGAACGUCAAAGGUACGAACAUUACGUGUCUACACUCUCUCACCAGUUUCUCAUAUCAAGAAGCUUUCAUAGUGGGGAUAUCUCAGAUAAUAGCUACGAAGCUGGUGUCGCAUUAGCCGUGGAAUCUCUUGGAUUCUCUGUUGAUCACCCAAGUGGUGUAUCAGCUAAAGAAUGCAUAGAAACCGCUACAAGAAUGAGUCGUGCUAGGAUUGAGAGAGCGAGUGAGUUAGCUAUUGAGCUUGGUGAUGUCUUGCCAUCAAGACUAGAUAUUCAAUGGUACAAAGACAGUUGCGACGCGUCGCCCAAGAAGCUCGGUUACUAUGAUAACUUCAAACUAUACUCAAAUCAAAGAGAGUUAAGGGUAAACAUGAGCCGCGCAAAGCUAGCUAAGUUUUGGGACCGUGUGUAUGACAUGGUGGAGACAAAUGAAUUGCCUCCUGAUUUUGAUUUCGAAUUGAAAUGGCUAUUUGCAUCGCAGUUUUACCAGCUCUUAGCCGAACCACUGGACAUUGCGUACUUCUACAAGUACAAAUAUUCAAAGACUGGUAAUGGUCAUUACAUGGAGAAUGGGAAUAGACCCAAAAGGUAUUUACUGUUUGAUAAGUGGUGGAAAGAAAAAGGGGAGUGUCAUAGAGUGAAGACUGCGAGAACUCGAUAUGCUAGCACUACUCAGGAUACUUGCUUUUGGGCUAAGGUCGAGGAGGCAAAAGAGUGGUUGGAUGAUGUGAGAAGCGAAGGUACCAAUGAGCAGAGGCGAGCUUUGUUAUGGGAAAAGAUUGUUGGAUUUGAGAUAUAUGCUGAUACAUUGGUGAAGAUGAAGGACGUUUCGCUUGAUGUUCUUGCGGAGAACUCGAGUCACCGUGUGUGGAAGAAGAAGCUGACAGAGUUCAAAAAGGAUAAUGGAAUUGGAAUGGUUGCUGAUGAGAGUGACGCAAUGGAGACUUAGCUGGCUUAAUAGCAAUCUAAUUUGUAACGAUCUCUAUCGAAUGUUGUUCAUCAUGUUUAUGUAAUACUUUCUGGUGUAUUCUACUAUUCUGAAAUAAUCUUUAUCAUUUAUGUUCAAUAAGUUUAUGCA